UCUUAGGAACCAACACACCAACUUCAUUCUUACAUUUCACUAAGCACUCAAGAAAUUGUUUUCAUGGCUCUCAAAAAUAUUUUCAACUUCACUUCACUAGCUUUGUUUCUUGUGUUUGGCUUAUUGGCUUUGGAGACCAAUGCUCGCAGUCUAGAAGAUGCUUCAUUGCUUGAGAGGUAUGAGCAAUGGAUGACUCAAAAUGGUAAAGUCUACAAGGGCUCUCAAGAGAAGGCAUUACGAUAUCAAAUAUUCAAAGAAAAUGUUCAAUUCAUAGAAGCCUUUAACAAAGGAGGAAACAAACCUUACAAACUAGGCAUUAACCAAUUUGCUGAUCUCACAAAUGAAGAAUUCAAAACAAGGAAUAAAUUCAAGGGUCAUAUGUGUUCUACAAUAACAAGGACACCAACUUUUAAGUACGAGCACGUGACAUCAGUGCCAGCUGCAUUGGAUUGGAGACAGAAAGGAGCUGUGACACCCAUUAAGGAUCAAGGCCAAUGUGGGAGUUGUUGGGCAUUUUCUGCUGUAGCAGCAACAGAAGGAAUUACAAAGUUGAGUAGUGGAAAAUUGGUCUCUUUAUCAGAACAAGAGCUUGUUGAUUGUGAUAUAAAAGGUGUGGACCAAGGUUGUGAAGGAGGUUUAAUGGAUGAUGCUUUCAAAUUUAUGUUACAAAAUAAAGGACUCACCACAGAAGUUGUGUAUCCAUAUCAAGGUGUUGAUGGAACGUGCAAUGCAAAAGCAGAAGGCAACCAUGUAGCUAGCAUUAAAGGGUAUGAAGAUGUACCUGCCAAUAGUGAGAGUGCACUACUCAAAGCUGUUGCUAAUCAACCAAUUUCUGUUGCUAUUGAUGCUAGUGGAUCUGAGUUUCAGUUUUAUUCAAGUGGUGUUUUUACUGGAACAUGUGGCACUGAGUUGGAUCAUGGUGUCACUGCUGUAGGUUAUGGUGUAAGUGAGGAUGGAACUAAAUAUUGGUUGGUGAAGAAUUCUUGGGGAACACAGUGGGGAGAACAAGGAUACAUUAGGAUGGAGAGAAAUGUUGUUGCUAAAGAAGGCUUGUGUGGCAUAGCAAUGCAAGCUUCUUACCCUACUGCAUAAUUAUUAAACUUUGUUACUACUCUUUUCUAAAAUUAUAUGUAACAGUUGUAGUUGCAUACAAGAAUUGAUAGUUCAAAUCUUGUAUCAGUAGUAUUUGAAAAAAGCUAUACAUGUUUAUAUCAUCAAUAUUAUACAUAUAGAAAAAUUCACUCUAAGUUAUACACA